AUGACCACAGCCACAGGCAACUGCAUGAAUGAGCCCACAGGACACCGCAUUACUGAGCCACAAGACACCGGCAUGACACAAGCCAAGGCCAUGUACCUUGGUAAUUAUAAAGCUAUGACUAAGGAUGAAAAGACUAAUGCCGUAGACAAACCAAUUAAAAUGGUGUCUACAGUCAGUGGCACAUUGCAUGAGAACAUUAACGCAUUGUCGUGGUCUGCAGCCUCACACUUGUACCAGAGGACUCUGACUUUGAGACAUUCUUCAACGACAACGCAUCCAGUAGCAUCAUCAGCGGAGAACGCUAAUCCCAACCUGGGCCUAAUCUUGAGUGAUUCAUGUGUGGCCAGGCUGAAGGAGAUCAUUGAUGAUGAUAAAUCCUUCCUCAGGGUAAUCGUGGAAGGUGGAGGCUGCUCAGGCUUCCAGUACAAGUUUGAGUUGGACACACAAAUUAUGGAAGAUGACAGCUCAUUAUUACAUAUGGACUUAAAGAAUAAAGAAAGUAUUGUAGUGCUGCAGUUAUUCAUGGUGAGAACCCACACUCAAGUUUACUCUCAAGUUUUCCCUUCAGUGGGAGUGACCUGAAGCUGGUGAAGGGCUGUUGAUCCAAGGAAUCAGAUCUCACCUUUUCCACUACCCAGGUGCUGUGUGACCUUUGCAAGUUUAA